AUAGACGGCCGCGGCGAGGCAAUUUAACAUGCAGACUUCCGCCCGCGUUUGCCGAUCGCGAAGAUCCCACCAAAAGGCAUUAAUACUCUUAUGCCCAGUCGCGUUGGCCCAGAAAACAACAGAGAAAGCAAGCUGUCAAAAAUGUGGCGCCCGACGCUGUUCUUCCUCGUUGCGCUACUCACGUCCGCCAGCGCAAGCGGCCCGGUCAAGUGCGUGAAGAAGGCCAUUCAGCCAGUCAUUCAGCCUGGCUUUGGAUGGCACGUCACGGUGCCGGACAGCUUCCACGUGGAGGCUUUCUCAAUGCACCAAGCCAACGGGGACAAUGGGCCGGAGUUUGCGCACCUGACCAUCCUGCCCGGCAAAGGCUUUCCUCCGCACAAGCACCUGGACGGCUGGGAGACCAUUUACAUCCUCAAGGGCGAGGUUGAUUAUGGAUACUGGGGCCCCAACGACCCCAAGCCCACCACCGUCAAGCUCGGACCGGGCGCCGUUACGCACACGCCUCAGGACCACUUCCAUAAGGUCUGGAACAGCAGCCCCGAGCCCAUCUCGAUGAUCGUCACAAGCAACCAGUUCACCAGGUUCAUGUUCUUUGAGGACUGGCCUGAGAGCUUCAACGCAACCGGUCACGUGCCCGAGGCCAUGCCAUGGGAGACCCAGUGCCCUCCCGGCCAGGAGCUUGCGAGCGGCAAGGAGGAGCUGUAAAUAGCGACGGGAUGUGUGUAGGUUGGGACAGCUGGUGCUAUGUGCAUGUGUGCCGUGACAGCCUACAAGACAAGCCGGAUGAUCUUACCGUACGUGUUAACUCACCUGAUGCCGGUACUUAAUUCCUAGGGCGUAGUGUGAAGCUGCCUGGGCUGCAGACUUGCUCGUGGCGUCUUAGUGUCCUCGUAGCCCACAAAGCAUGCUGGUAUUUACUUUUCUGCAGUCUGGGAGAGCCUUGGUAGCCAGUUGCAGGAAGGUGGCGACUGCGGCUUUGUUAUGCCAGGCUAUCUGACUCGCUGUCUGGUUGCGAACCCCUGUUGUGGACCGUAAGUACUAUACGUGUCCUCUGCAAUGGGAGCCUUCACCGUGUUGGGUGGCCCGUGCAGGCCUGGCCCGUGCCUACAAUCCUGUCCUAUGCGUUUGCCUGUUACUGCUAACGGCA